AAAUCUUAGUGAAGAAGACCUCUGCUCUCAGGAAACAUGGUGCGGGCUGUAUGUUGGUUUGAGUUCCUGCGCUGCUACGGCAUCCGGAGGUAACAGCGGUGUCAUCUCGGGGCUCUAUAAGAGCGACUGUGACGGUGUGACGGUUAGGAAGAGAGGCGUGGGUCUGGUGGGGAAUCCGACUAUGGACGACAUCCUGGCUCGGAGGGAGGCAGCUCGUCCGAGGAGGAUGUCUUCUGUUGCUGCUGCUACUGCUGCUGCUGGUGCUGCUGCUGCCGCCGCCGCCGUCGGUACCGCGGAGCUUGGAGCUAACGUUAGCCUGCAAGAUGGCGAGGUGAUCGAGCUGCAGCCUCCGAGAGAAACUCUAACUGGUCUGGAGAUACUGGGUGCUGCCGGGGGAAGGAUGGAGAGGAGGAACUCGGCGUCACAAAUAGUCCACCAGAGGCAUAUGCCAAUGGAGCCAAAGAAGUUCCAUAUACCGAGGAAAACCAGGGAAAAUAGAGCUCUUGUCGAGCAUGUCUCAACUGAGUCCAGGGAGUUUGAAAACAUGAUGACCAUCCUGACCUCCAGUUACAUCGACACAGGCUCUGCAGGCUGCGUCACCUACUCCUCACCUCGCCUUGUCCACAGUGAGCUGCUGGAGAAAGAGUUUGUGGAGAAGAGGAAGGAAAUGAAGGUGGACGGGAGGACAGAUAAAGAGCUGGAGGAGAGCUACGGCUUCUUAUUGGCUGAAACUGACAAGGUUCCCAUGCUCUGUGAGAAGGGGCUGUGUGUGGGUCACAGCUGGAUCACAGUGUUGGGAAACCCCACUAAAGGAGUGUAUCUCUCCAGGUACUCAGACCUCCUCCAGAUAAACUCCUUCACCCCAGGAGCCACAGGAGAGAUCGUCAUCUUCAAAGUGAUGAAGGGAAAAGUGAAGAGCAUUUAUGAAAACAUGAAGAACCUUCUAGAUCCAACGCCUCGCUUUGACAGCCACAUCUCCAAGAACGCCAGCAAAGUGACCUCGCUCUCCUCCUACCGCGCCUUUGAACUCACACAACAAUACUUCUACGAGUAUUUGUUUGACGAAUUGCGGCAGAGGCCUCGGCAGGUUUGUCCGUACGCUGUCGUCUCCUUCCAGUUUAAAGGAAAAGACUCUGCACUUCCCAGCAAACCUCUGGCCCCCAUCAGGUUGAACAGUCAAUCAGCAGAGGGGAGUAAAGAGCGAGCUCAGUUCACAGUGUGGAGCGGAGAUUUAGUUAAAGGCGACCAGGUUCUCUUCCAGAUCUCCCUUCGAUCCUUCUCUCCUCCCUUCCUGCCCCACAGACUACCAGAGAAGUUGACAAUGGGAUGUUUGAUGAGGCUUGAGCAGGUGACCAAGCUCCUCCCCUCCGACCUCUUCUCCUACAACCUCUACAACAGCAGCCAAGAAGUUGUGAAGAACGGUUAUUGCUGCAGUCUUCUGGAGGUGGUUGACAGAAGUCGGUCAACGACCAGCGUCACAAAACUACUGCAGGAACUGGAGAUUAAGAGAAUGGUUCUGGUGACUCCACUCACAGAGAGAGGAUUUCUCUUUCUACUCUCCAGUGUUCAGAUGGCCACACCCACUGAGAGAGGAGAAAGCUGGAGCAGAUGUCUUCAGGCCUUGUUUGUCUUCCCAGAGACCAGAGAUGUGGCCAGAUCCACAUCAAGGUGUGCCUCCUUGUCCCAUGAUGCCUCAGAGUCGUUGAUGUCGGGCGCCACGGUGAUGCCGCGCCUGAGCCAAUUUAUCCCAUCAUUGCAUCAUGCCCUCGUCAAGGCCCGUGCCAACCCCCCUCCUGAUCUGUCUGCUGGUGUGGAGCGGCAGGCACAGGAAUACCUCACCGGCCUGAAUGAUGGCAAGGUUCGACAGUACCCCAUGGGUGAGUACGACUCCAAGCUUGAUGAGCAAGGAAAGCCAUUUCCUGCUCCUAAACACCACCGGGUGAACAUGGACGGCUACCUGCGCUCCUACCUGUACAACCCCGCCCUCUACCUGCUGUCAGUGGCCCGGGCCAGGCAGGUGAUGGAGGUGUACUCUGGCCCCGAGGAGCCACAGGCGAGGCCCAGGAAGAGCUGUGGAGGCCAGAGAGAGUCGACAGGGAAGGAGUUGACAGGCAGCACUCGAGACAAACAGAUCAACACUCAGAAGGUGAAAACUGACAUCAGGAUCCAGCAGCUGAUAGACCUGGUUUUGACUUCUAAGAGGAACGCAGAAAAUGAGGUGAAGAGGGAGGAAGGAGGAGAAGGAGGGCUGAAGACACCGGGGAGGAAGAGGAGGCUGGAACAGCAGACGGCAGAGAGGACGCUCAAAUAUCUGAGGGCGUCACAGGGAUCCAGAAGCCACGACAAGAUUCCAGUCGAGGGAAGCCAAGUUUCUGCCUCUCCUGGUUCUCUUGCGUCUGUGAUUGGCUCAGUGGGUUUGAGAGAUGUUGAUCUGAGGGAAGAUGGAUCUGAGCACGCUGCCAAACUUCUCAGUUUGCUGACAGGCCUCACCCAGGCUGCCAGGGGAAUGGCCGGUCCGAGCUUUGGUGAGAUGCAGGAGGUGGAGCAGAAGGAAUCCUGCCCAUUUGAUAGGCUGGCCACCAAGCUGGGUCUGCCCACCAACUGUGACAUCGACCUGAGGAAGCAGGAGGAGCUGGAGGAGCAGACGGCGGGCAGCGUCAGUAGUUUGGAGGGAUUCAGUCCCAGCUCCCACAGCGGGGAGAUGAAUCACCAUGGAGCAGCAUGCAGAGGAGGAGGAGGAGUUGGAGGAGGAGGAGGAGGAGGGGGAGCACUGGGGAGGAGAGCAGGAGGAUAUGAAGAGGAUGAAGAGGAGGGGAUGAUCCCAUGGGUCCUCAUCCCCAUAACAGGCCUGUGUUCACAGCGAUACACUCAGAGAGACAGAAACAUCCCUCAGGAUCCUCGCUUCCAGCAUCUCACCACGGCAACAAGCAUCACCCCAACAACCGAAACCCCCAGGAAGAGCCCCACCCUGUCUCCUGAGCCCAGCCCUCCUCCAUCCCCCUUCCAGUGCCCUUCCCCCGAGCCCAGCCCUCCUCUCUCCCCCUCUCAGUGCCCAUCACCUGAACCCAGCCCCCCACUGUCACCCUCCCAGUGCCCAUCUCCAGAGCCCAGUCCCCCUCUUUCCCCGUCUCAAUGCCCGUCCCCUGAGCCCAGUCCCCCCGUCUCUCCCUCUCAAUGCCCAUCUCCACAGCCCAGUCCCCCCACAUCACCCUCUCAGUGCCCUUCACCACAGCCCAGUCCCCCCCCCUCCCCUUCCCAUUGCCCAUCCCUGGAACGUAAUCAUCACCACAAGUUUAACAAGGGGAACAGUGGUGCUAACGAGGAGCAUUUAGCCCCCACAGCCUCCAGAGAGUUUGCAGGAGUGUCCAAGCACAGACAAGCGAAACCUCAGGGGAAAGAAAAGAAGAAGGAAGAGCCAUUCCUUUCAUCCAUCCAGCCAUCUAUUCGUCCAGCUACAGAGAGGAGACCAAGCCCCUCACCGCCCUCUGUGCAAGGACCGCAGGAUGUAAAGGAGGAAACAGGGGAGGUGAAGGAGUUAGAUGUCGUGCUUCUUGAGAAAGAAAAAGAAACGGUGCAAAAACAAGGGGAAGAGGCCACAGAGAGUAUGCAAGAUGAGGUGGAAGAGGUGGUUUUGAUACAUGAGGUAGGUAAUGAAAAGAAUCCAAAGGGAGAAGUGGAGGAACUGAUAGGUCGCUCUGUGUUUUCCCGGUCCAUCUCCUCGCCUCCUCCUGCACGUCCUCCCAGAGAUAUUGACAGCAUUGUGGACAAACAUCUGGGCGACUUCUCCUCUGACAUACAGCUCCUCCUGCAGGAUGAGAGCGUUCACUACAGCUUCCCACAGUCCACACACUCCACUUCAAAAACAGAAACCAGCGCACCUCAACACACACUUCCACACACCUCCAUAUCUCAGUUCUCCCAGUAUGUGUCUUUCUACAACCCCUGUCCCCCUGUCCAGGACUAUGUUAGCUCCCUACAGGAGAGCAUUAAUGGCAUGUUAAAGGAGUUUGGUGAGAGCUGGCCAAGCCAAAGGGCAGACACCAGCCGGACUGAUGCUGAUAAUGCGUUGGCUAACACAGUGAGUGCUUUUGUGGCCAGCAUCCGAGCAGCUAACACUAAAACAGGCAGUGAUGAUGAGGAUUCUGCUCCCUGUGGUGAACUGACAGCUGCUGAUGGCAGUGCUUCAGUCAGUCGGACUCCUGCACACUCCAGAGGAGGGGAAGUGAGGCGGCCAGAUGCAAUCACCAGACCGACCCCUGAUGCUAACGACAGCAGGAAUCCCCCAACUUCACAUGUCACUUUAUCUGUUCCUACCUCUUCAUCUGGUUCUGUUCACAAGCCUGCCGACACCGACUCCCUCCAUCCUCCUUCUAACAAGCUGCAACACCAGCAAAGUCAUGCUUUAGAGAUCAACAGGACACUCGCUCACACUGUCAGACAAACACAAGACAGCAGCGUCACCAGGACUGUAUAUUGUACGAAUGAUGGAGAAGGAGGGAGUAGUCUUCCAGGGUCAAACUCUGAAAUUACUCUCCCAGGGUGCAGUCGUGUGUCUGAGCCUUUGGCAGAACCUUCGCACCUCUCUGAGCUGGGCUCCAGCUCAGCCUCUGUUUCCAUCCCCGCUCCUCCAGCCACGGCCCUGAGCUCCCUGAUCAGCCAGCUGCAGCCAGAGGUGUUCAGCAGUCUGGUGGAGAUCAUCAAAGAUGUCAAGAAAAACUCCCUGCAGUUCUACCUCCACAGCACAGAGCCUGGGGACCAGGUGUAUGAAGACGUCAAGGAACACCUGUUGAAGCAGGGUAACACGGAGCAGAGUCCUGUGGCCUUUCUGAACCAGGAGAACUCUGACGACAGACUGCUGGUCAUCAUCAAGAACAAAGACAUCGCUGCACACAUACACAAGAUCCCAAACCUGGUGUCUCUGAAGCGACAUCCAUCUGUUGCAUUUGUGGGAAUCGACACACUGGACGACAUCAGGAACAACAGCUACAACGAGCUCUUUGUGUCCGGAGGCUGCAUCGUCUCAGACGAGUUGGUCCUCAGUUCAGACUUCAUCACUCACGGUCGACUGGCUGCACUGCUGAUCUUCCUGGAACAACACAGUUCUCCAGAGAGUGUGUGGAAGUGGAAAGUUCACUACAAAACCCACAAGAAAUUAAAAGAACAAACCAGGUUCAGGAGAGAUGCAGCCAACAUAGUGGACUUACUCUCCACCUAUCAGAAGCGGCAGAUCGUUGAGUUUCUCCCUUAUCAUCACUGCGACAUGAUGAACCAUCAGUCACCUGACCUGGACUGUCUCCUGGAGCUCCAGGCCCGGUACACACAGUACCGACACACCAUCUUCCUGACUGAGCAUCGUUUUGAGACGUUCCCCGCCUACUCCAAUGGCGGCAUCAUCGUGGCCGGUAUCGAGGAUAUUCUGCACAGCUUCACCAGACUGGUCGGUUACCAUCACAUCAAGGACAAGCAGCCAAUCAUGGACGACCUGCUGGCCACCAAAGGUCUCAGCAGGCAGCUGAGUCAUGGAGACUCUGUGUCGGGUUCAGAUCGAUCUCCCUCAAUCUUCCCAGAACACAUCCAUCCCCUCUCCUCUGGGGACCAACCCCAAAAACUCCUCCAGCAGCCCGGCUCCGGUCUCCACCCGCUCCCUCAUCUCUCCGACCAGCUCGUCCCAGACGCCUCCUGUAAGGACGGCGUGUCACAACCUUCAGACGCAGACUUGGAGGUUCUUAGACGGGCCAUCUCUCAGUUUCGGGCCGAGCGUCAGGCUCAGCUGCAGCAGGAGCAGCAGUUGGACUCCCAGGCAGAGUUAAGCAUAAACCCUCUCAGAAGCUUCCUUCCCAAUCCCAUUCGUACAGGUAGCGGUCACACCACUCCUCCUGUUGGUCAGGGAGGUCCCGCCGAGUCGGUCCAGCUGACUCCUGGCAGGAAAGCAGUGGCAGACACUCUGGAGUUAAUUCACUCAGGACUGCAGCCGGAAAUGUUGGAGGAGGAAAGGAGGAAGGACAGAGUGGAGCCUCCCACAGAGGGAGAGAGGAGGAGAAGUCGAGGAGGAGGAAGAGAGCCUGGAGUUUGUUCUCCAGGAAGGGCAGCAGGAUUCUUGGGAGGAAAUCGUGGUCCCAAUAAUAGUCACAUGUCCACCCCUUCAUCCAAUCACAACACAGCUGCAGUGACGGGACCAAGCGACCACAGAGAUUCAAGCAGUGUCGGGAGAGAAAAAGCAGAUCAACAAGGCGAACCUUCAUUUCUCAAAGCAGCUAAACACUGUGCAGCGUCCUCCUGUCCUGUAGAGGGCGACAGAUCAAGAGACGCACAGAGAGGUGUCCAGGAGCAGCCAAUAAGAGGAGAGGGAGCACCACCUGGAAACAGCACAGCCAGUGGCACCAAGGUAACUGGAAGUGUCACCAUGGUAACAGACCAGGAGGACAACCCGAAUCCUGCUCUCCAACAGCCCCAACAACAUCUGCAGCAACUGAACAACCAGCAACAGCCGUUCCAGCCGAGUCGGUCACACCUACCACCACCAGCUCACAGCCAGCAGCAGCAGCACUGGGGCUCCAGCCUCCUGCAGCACCCCUUCCUGCCUCGACACCACAGCCAGCAUUACUCCCCGCGUCCCAUGCUGAGGCCCCUGACUGCUAUUGGCCGCACAAGGGGCCUCCUGGGGCCCACGCCUGUCUGGCCUGGGGGCCUGGGCCCUUCAGGUGCUGCUUCCUUGGUCUGGGGCUUCCAACAAGUUGGCACUGGUCCUUCACUGCUAGGGGGGUACCACAACCCUGCAGGUCAGGGCGGCAACAGGUACCGAGGGGGGCAGAGAGGCGGCUUUAAUGGGAUGUAGAGACCAGUUUAGAUUCACCAGCUGAUCAACCCAGGUAACCUGCUGCACUAACCCACACACACACCUGCUGCAGCUCAGGUAGCAGGUUAAAGAGCCUGUGACCAGAGUGUGCAGAAACACAUCCCAAAUAUGAACAGAUACUAGACUGAAGACAGGAGGAGGGAGGAGACAGAGACCCUGGGUCUUAGUGUGGAGACAGAGACUAUGAAAAAACACAAAACUGUAAAGGAACACGACGGACUGACUGCCUUACUCGUCUUCCAGUGGACACUCUUUAAGUCUUGUAAAAAAUAUUUUUUUGAACUGAAUGUUUGUUACUCCAGGAGCCGUUUGUGUUUAUUUGCUGUUGUAUGUAGGAAGUGACUCUGUAACAGACUGGUUUUAACUUAAAGUCAUUUUUUAUGUUUUUUUUUUACAUCAGAGGUGUUUUGUAUUAAACUUGCCUGCGUAAACCAGCGA